AUGGCUGCCCUGAGGAUAGACUAUCGCUACAAGAUAAUAGUCCUUGGAGAGAGCGACGUGGGAAAGACAUGCCUUCUGCACAAGUACAAGGAGGAUGACUUCAAGCAGUCUCUGAUGACAACGAUCGGGGUGGACACCGUCUCAAAAAGCAUAGUUCUGAACGGAAAGAAUAUCAUGCUCAACAUCUGGGACACGGCAGGUCAAGAAAGGUUCUUUUCGAUAACAAAGAGCUACUAUAGAAAUGCAGACGGGAUACUCCUCAUCUUCGACAUCAGCGACGAGAGGACCUUUUCAUGUGUGGAUAGAUGGUUUGGGCGCAUAAGAGAAGAGACAGGAAAUGUCCCUCUGUUCCUUGUUGGAAACAAGAGGGAUAAGGUGGAUAGCGCUAUGUACCAUGAGAUGGAGGGCAGAUUCAAGAACAAGGCAGAUGAAAUGCGGGCCAGGUAUUACACGACAAGCGCCAAGACGGGUGAGAAUGUAAACAAUAUCUUCGAGGAUAUGGCAAUGGUCCUCCUCAAGAAGCAGACCCUGGGGCAGAAGUGGGAGGCGGGAAGUCUGUACGACCCGUCGGUAGGCGGGCCAAAUAGAAAGACCAAUGGCAGGUGCUGCUGA